UCCGAGUUGAGCCGCGGAUCGAACCGUAAAUAAAAACAAAAGAUCCGACAUGACAUCAGCACGGAUCCGAUGAGUCGGUUCAUUGAUGAGUGGGAGUCGGUUCCUCUGAGCUUCACUGGAUGACGUGUGCGCAUUAGCUGGAUGCUGUUUUCCACCUGAAGGCUUCUGCUGGAGCAUCAAGGUUGGGAGGAACCAGCAGCAUCAUCCUGCCUGAGCCCCGGAGACGGAUGGAGGUGAUGUGAGCGGCGCGUUACCAUGGCAGACAGGGCGGCUGUGGUGGGCUCAGGGCACGGGGGGUCGGCGGCGGUGCUGCAGUACGAGGAGUACGAGUGCAAGAUCUGCUACAACUACUACGACCUGGACCGCCGAGCUCCCAAGAUCCUGGAGUGCCUGCACACGUUCUGUGAGGAAUGCCUGCACGCCCUGCACCUGCGCGAGGAACGCCCGUGGCGGGUCACCUGUCCCGUUUGCCGUCACCGCACCCCCGUCCCGGAUUACAGGAUACGCAACCUGCCCAACAACACCAAGGUUACCGAGGACAUCCCGCUGAGGGUGGACUCGGACCCGGUGCCGCAGGACGCCCUGCCUCCGCACCCACCGCCGCUGCACCCGGCGCUCAUCGCCCUGCGGCGUGAUGACACGUCAGGGGCGUCGGCCCCGACGGGAACGAGCCGCCACAUGACCCCGUCCACGACGGCGUCCACGGCCACGACGCUCUCGCAGGACUCGGUGGUGUCACGCCGCGAGAGCUGCCACGAGGGCUGCUGCAGGAGGCUAGCCCUGACGGCGGGCUGCGCCUGCGUAGCCUUCUCCUUCGUCGCCAUGCUAGCGCUGCUCUUCGCGGGUCUGGUGUUCGUGCACGGGAAUUCCGGGGUGCCGUCGGCCGCCGGCCCCGUGUGUCUGUCCAUCGCCAGUGUCCUCGCCAUGGUGGCCGUCGUGGUCACGUGGCUCCUCUGCUGGCUCAAGUACCGACCGGAGCACGAGACCGGCCGCAUUUCAGCUACCAGUAACGGCAGCAGCAGGAGGAACGCCUGAGCGCUAGCGGGUAUUAUGAUCGUAACUGAUGGACUUUGUU